AUGUUAGGGGAGCUUUUAUCAUGUUUCAGCUCAAUUCAUGUUGGGUUGGCGGUGGGAUAUUUGAUUUCGACACUAUUAGAAAAAGGGAUUCCGAUAGUGUUAGAACAAACAUCUCGACGAUUCCCAAAGAGAAACCUCAAAAGUUUUGAGGUAGAAGACAGAAUAAGUGCGUUACCGGACGAUUUGCUCGUGCGUAUAUUGUUGCUUGUGCCAACAAAAGAUGUAGUGGUUACUAUGAUUUUGUCAAAACGAUGGCGGUCUAUUUGGACGAUGGUGCCAAAGCUCGACUACCUAGAGAUGAUCGAUGAUGAUAUUAACAAAGUAGUUAUUGGCGGUUUACUUGGCCGAUUACUUGAGCGUUUUUUCGGCAAAAGUGAUCAGAAACUACUGUGGCUUUUGCGGUUUAUCGACGAGUCAUUACAAGCCCACAAGGCACCAGUUUUAAAAAUAUUAAAUAUAGCAGUCGAUACAGGACGUCACGUUGAUGUUGAUGUUGGAAAUUGGAUUAAAAAAGCGGUUCAUAGUAGAGUACGUGAGCUAGGGUUUUUUCUCAGAUGGCCAGCGGAGCCUACUAGGUUACCUAAUAACCUUUACUCAUGUGAUACACUCGUUUCUCUAGGUCUUUCCAACAAGAUUCUUGUUGAUGUUCCUUCUCUACCAUGCCUCCCAUCCCUCAAAGAUCUUGAACUUGACUCUGUGGUAUACAAAGAUGAAGAUUCUCUCGCUAGAUUAUUGUCAAGUUGUCCUGUUCUCAAACAUUUGGUUGUGGAACGACGACACCAAGACAACGUAAAAAAUUUCAAUAUAAAAGCCCCAUUAUUGGUAUUUUUAUCAUAUCAUAAUGUGGAGUUAGUAGCACACGACCAAGGCACUGAGGGUUGUUUAGUAAUAGAUUCUCCGGCUUUAAAGAAAAUCUUCAUCACAGAUUACUCGAGAGACUCUUACUCGAUCGAGAACCAACCUCGCCUUGACAAGGCAAAUAUCAACUUCCGUUGGUACCCUGAUUACAGGUUUAGGACAUCUCUUUCCUCAGUCAUGUGUCUCGAAUUAGUUUUGAGCUUUGCAACGCUUCCGUGGUUUAGCACUAUUGGGUAUUCUCAUCUUAUAGAAUGUAAGAUAGUACUUGUACACGACUUAGACUGGUUAGAACCACUUAUGAAUUUGCUUCAGUAUUCUCCUAAUCUAAAAAUUCUUCUCAUCGACAAGAGAUUCCUUCAAGUUGCGGAGGAGUUGCCACUUUCAUGGAACCAACCAAGUUCUGUUCCCGGAUGUUUGUCAACCCAUCUUGAGAUCUUUGAGUGGGAUGAAUAUGACGGAAGAAAGGAAGAGAAACAAUUCGUAAAUUACAUCUUUGCCAACUCUAAGUGUUUAAAGAGAGCUGGAUUCUCUUUGAAACCAACCAGCAUCCAUAAAGAUAAAGAGAAGAUGAAAGAAUUGGAGUCUAUGUAUAGGGUGUCGCCAACAUCCCAGCUUCUCUUCUCCACUCAGGUUGAAUAUAUGACUGUUUCAGGUGAAACGAGGGACUAA